CUCAUUUCUAGUCUCGCGAUGUUGGUUGCUGGCUCCGCCCCGACGGCCCCCUCCCCGAGUCUUCCUCGUCCCCCUCCCCACGUAGGGUUAAUAUGGUCGCCAGCGAUGGACCCUGCAAGGCCAGAAUGCCCGUUCCAGUACUUAAUUGAAACAUUAAAUGACAAUCCAGAGAAGAAGUUCUACAAUAUCCCUAAACUUGGAGGCACCAAGUAUGAUAUUCUGCCUUAUUCCAUACGGGUACUGUUGGAAACUGCUGUCCGUAACUGUGAUGGCUUCUUAGUAAAAAAGGAAGAUGUUAUGAAUAUUUUAGACUGGAAAACAAAACAGAACAAUGUUGAAGUGCCCUUCUAUCCUGCCAGAGUUCUUCUUCAAGACUUUACUGGAAUUCCUGCAAUGGUGGAUUUUGCCGCCAUGAGGGAAGCAGUGAAAAAUCUUGGAGGAGAUCCUAUGAAAGUCCAUCCUGCCUGCCCAACUGAUCUCACUGUUGACCAUUCUUUGCAGAUAGACUUCAGUAAAUGUGCAAUACAGAAUGCUCCGAAUCCUGGAGGUGGUGACUUACAGAGGCCAUUGGCAAAGGUUUCUCCGCUUAAAGUGCAGCCUCGGAAGGUACCUUGCAGGGGCCAGACUGGCUGCAAAGGGCCAUGUGAUGCUGGAGAAUCAAGUCGUAACUCAGGAAAAUUUUCUGCGCAGAUUGAGAAUACCCCUAUCCUCUGUCCAUUUCAUCUUCAACCAGUGCCUGAGCCUGAAACAGUGUUAAAAAACCAAGAGGUGGAAUUUGGCAGAAAUAGAGAGAGGCUUCAGUUUUUUAAGUGGGGUUCAAAGGUUUUUAGGAAUGUUGCUGUAAUUCCACCUGGAACGGGAAUGGCACACCAAAUGAACUUGGAAUAUUUAUCAAGAGUUGUUUUUGAAGUUAAAGAUUUCCUAUAUCCCGACAGUGUAGUUGGCACAGAUUCUCAUACAACUAUGGUAAAUGGUUUGGGGAUCUUGGGAUGGGGUGUUGGCGGUAUUGAAACAGAAGCAGUAAUGCUGGGAAUGCCAGUUGCACUCACUUUGCCUGAGGUAGUUGGGUGUGAGCUGACAGGCUUAGCCAGCCCACUUGCUACAUCCAUAGAUGUUGUUCUGAGCAUUACUAAGCAACUCAGACAAGCAGGAGUGGCUGGAAAAUUUGUUGAGUUUUUUGGAACUGGUGUUUCCCAGCUGUCUGUAGCUGACCGAACCACAAUAGCAAAUAUGUGUCCUGAAUAUGGUGCUAUUCUGAGCUUUUUCCCUGUUGAUAAUGUGACGCUAAAGCACUUAAAGCAUACAGGCUUUGACAAGGCCAAACUUGAGUCCAUGGAAGCAUAUCUUAAAGCUGUGAAGUUAUUUCAGAAUGAUCAGAUUUCUUCAGAGGAACCUGAGUAUACCCAGAUAAUACAAAUAGAUCUGAGUUCAAUAACGCCAUAUGUCAGCGGCCCAAAGAGGCCACAGGAUAGAGUGGCUAUUACUAAUAUGAAGAGUGAUUUCCAAGCCUGCUUAAAUGAGAAGAUUGGCUUUAAAGGGUUUCAGAUUGCUAUUGAGAAACAAAAUGACGUUGUGCCUGUUGAGUAUGAAGGAAAUGAGUACAGAUUGUCUCAUGGAUCUGUUGUCAUUGCUGCAGUAAUCAGUUGUACAAAUAACUGCAAUCCAUCUGUCAUGCUUGCCGCAGGUCUUUUGGCCAGAAAAGCUGUCGAAGCUGGACUGAUGGUUAAACCUUACAUAAGAACAAGUUUAUCUCCGGGUAGUGGGAUGGUUACACAUUACCUCAGUUCAAGUGGAGUGUUACCAUACCUCAGUAAACUUGGGUUUGAGGUUGUUGGAUAUGGAUGUUCAACAUGUGUUGGAAACACUGCUCCCUUGCCAGAAGCCAUUCGGAAUGCAAUAAAACAGGGUGAUUUAGUUGCUUGUGGAGUUUUGUCGGGAAACAAAAACUUUGAAGGCCGUCUCUGCGAUUGUGUCCGUGCCAACUACCUUGCUUCUCCACCUUUAGUAGUUGCUUAUGCUAUAGCAGGCACUGUUAAUAUAGAUUUCCAGACUGAGCCUUUAGGUAUUGAUCCUAAUGGCAAAAAUAUCUACCUGCAUGAUGUUUGGCCCACUCGAGAAGAACUUCAGCAAGUUGAGGAGGAGCAUGUGAUAUCAUCCAUGUUUAAAGAAUUGAAAGAAAAAAUUGAGAAAGGCAAUAAGCGAUGGAAUUUUCUGGAAGCACCAGAGUCAGUUUUGUUUCCAUGGGAUUUGAAGUCCACAUAUAUCCGAUGUCCUUCUUUUUUUGAUAAGCUUGCUAAAGAGUCAGUUUCACUACAACCAAUUGAAAAUGCCCAUGUCUUGCUAUAUUUGGGAGAUUCUGUAACUACAGAUCACAUAUCACCUGCUGGAAGCAUUGCAAGGAAUAGCGCCGCUGCAAAGUAUCUGACAAACAAAGGCCUCACACCUCGUGAAUUCAACUCUUAUGGAGCUCGAAGAGGUAAUGAUGCUGUGAUGACCAGAGGUACCUUUGCAAAUAUGAAGCUUUUGAAUAAAUUCAUAGGAAAACCAGCUCCAAAAACAGUUCAUUUCCCAUCAGGACAAACGCUAGAUGUGUUUGAAGCAGCAGAGUUGUACCAGAAAGAAGGCAUUCCUUUGAAUUUAGCAGGGAAGCAGUAUGGACUGGGUAACUCUAGAGACUGGACUGCAAAGGGGCCUUUUUUACUGGGUGUUAAGGCAGUUAUUGAAAGCUACGAAAAGAUUCAUAAAGGUCAUUUGAUUGGAAUUGGCAUAGCUCCACUUCAGUUCCUUCCGGGGGAAAAUGCAAAUGUUUUGGGCCUCACUGGCAAAGAACAAUUUUCUGUAUCAUUUCCUCAAGAGCUGUUUCCAGGAAUCACAUUGGAUAUUAAGACUAACACUGGCAAAGUGUUCAGGGUGAUUGCCUCAUUUGAAAAUGAUGUGGAAACAACAAUAUAUAAACAUGGUGGAAUUCUAAACUAUGUGGCUCGAAGAUUCUUAUAGUAGCUACUGACUAUAUGGAUACCUUGCAUAAUUGGUAAUUCUGAAAAUGCCUUGUGUGAACCCAGGAAUCCAUACUAUGGAACUGCAAACAGUCCCAGUCCGCUCAAAGUUAUUUCGUCCAUGGAUGUAGAAGAUUGUGAAUCAUUGUAGUGACCGCAACAAGAUCCUUCCUGAUUUUAAAUAAUAUUCAAAUGGUGCUAUUAACAUUGCUAAAAUCGACAUACGUGUUUUGUGGCAGAAAGCUGUAAGUAUGGGGGGGGGGAUAUUUUAUCACACCAUUUUGUAGAUAAAGGAUGUGAAAUCCAAAACUGAAUUGUGCUGAAGAUUAUUCUUUAAGAUGACUCCUCCUGCAGUUGUUUUCACUUAGUUUUGCACCUGUAAAUCUGUGUACUGCUAUUUGUUGGUUUAAAGGUAGCAGAUGAUAUGGAAUGUUAGAGGCAAGAGAGAUGGAUUCUUCCAUGGUAGUAGCUAAGAAUCCAGAUCCGAAGGUUUGAAUUCAUUAUCCUUUAAAUUGGGGGUUGACCAAAAGAAGGUCCACACGAAGCCCAAAGAGUUCUGUAAACAUAGGCCGUGGCUUUCUUUACCUUCACUGUGGAGAUGGUGUGCUCCAUCUGAUCCAGAUCAAACAUCAUCAGAAUAAUGAAAUAUUGUA